AUGGUGAACAAGUCUAGAAAAGAUUGGUCUCUCAAACUCGAUGAUACUCUUUGGGCCUUAAGGACGGCAUACAAGACCCCCAUUGGUACAACCCCUUACCGGUUGGUUUAUGGCAAGGCUUGUCAUUUGCUUGUCGAGUUGGAAUACAAGGCUUGGUGGGCCAUCAAGGAGCUUAAUAUGGACCUUGGGGAAGCCGGAAAGAAAAGAUUGAUGAAAUUGAAUGAAUUAGAGGAGCUUCGUUUCGAUGCGUAUGAGAAUUCAAGGCUUUAUAAGGAGCAAACAAAGAAGUGGCACGAUCAAAGGAUAAAGUUCAAAGAAUUCAAGGUUGGAGAUGAAGUUUUACUUUUCAACUCUAGACUUCGUCUUUUCCCCGGAAAAUUGAAAUCCAAGUGGUCCAGUCCUUUCAAGAUUUCUAAUGUUACUACCUAUGAGUCCUUUGAGUUAGAUGCGGGAUUUCACUUGAUAGUGCAUUUGAAUCUUUGGGUUGGUACUCUUCGAACUGUGGUUUGGAUUGAUAAUUUCGGUGUUUUGGUGUGGAAUUCCUUGUGGUAUAAGUUUUUGAGAAGUGUUUGGGGCGAAAAUGUUGAAAUUUGGUAG